AUGCCCGAAGUGGACGCUACCUGCCCCAACCCCCGCGCCUCUCGCCCCGCCCCCAGAAGUGACGACAGCCACACGGUUCGCCCGUGUCCCGUCAGGCCUCGCGGCUGCGGCAGUGACGGCGGCAGCGGCGGGAAGAUGGCGGCGGCGGGAGCCCUGGAACGGAGCUUCGUGGAGCUGAGCGGAGCGGAGCGCGAAAGGCCCAGGCACUUCCGCGAAUUCACAGCCUGCGGCGUUGGGACUGCCAGUGCUGUGUUUGGAGCUGUGAAAUACGGUGAAAGCGCGGGAGGCUUCUAUUAUGUGGAAAGCGGCAAGUUGUUUUCUGUCACCAGAAAUAGGUUCAUUCAUUG